AUGGCGAAGCGUCUGAUAACCGAAGACGUGAGGAUGGAAACUGACGAAGGAACGCAGAAGAUGACGUUCAAAGACGACGACUGGACCGCCAGGGCUCCCUACAGAAACUGCUCGGCGCAGUUCCAUCUGACAGAGAAAGACAAGAGGAACGCCUUCGACCGUCAGUACCACUCCUUCUACGAGGCGCGCAUUUGGGCGACCAAGCAAAGAAUUCUCGAAAACGCCGAUCGCUUUAUCGGUACGUCGACGACCAUAUUCUCGAGGCCUCUUCUGACUUCCAGGCAAGGGGAAGUACAGCUUCCGGUCGAUGAACGACAUCGCGCCCCUCGAAGAAGUUCUCGUCAUCGGCGUCAUCGUAAAGAGGUUGACCCAGAGGCCGGGGGUUCUCAAGGUGGGAAAUGAAAGAAAACAUUUUUGGAUGACAGGUGUUUUAUUUUUAAAUGUUAAAUCAUGAGUUUUUACUCAAAGUAAAAAUCUCAAAUAGAGUUCUGAUUGAUUUUUCUGAAUCUCCAACCGUAACUAGAUUUGAUUACACUAUCUUCAUUUCGUAAAAAUUCACGUUUCGUUAUUUUUUCUUCACGUGACUGCCAACUAGACAUAGGUUUUUGAACAGAGUUAAGACGAAAUUAAAGACGAUGACCUUAUUCGGUAACGGAUUUAUCCUUUAUAUUGAAGUAUUUCUGGUUAAUGUAAUGUAGUACCACACGCAAGGUAAACAGCGGUUUCGCGAUACGACAUGGUAUUCGCUGACGAUAUCGCCUCGAUUUUUCGCGAUAUAGCACGGCUCUCGCCGCAGUAUUGCUUCUAAGUAGAACACUUUCUGUUUGCCAGCUGUUAUUUAUUGUUUUUUUUUCCCUUAAAACCGUGAGAAGAACGAAAAACCGAUGUGAAACAAUAUGCACAAAAAAAAGCCUUUCUAUCUUUUUUUUUUUGAUCCUUCUAAGAAGCUCCAUUUUUUUUUCUUACCAUUCUCAAAUGACCUCCGAAAGAUUUCCCGGCUCCGAAAUAUCAUUUUUUUUUAAUUGAAAUUAUUUGAUUUUCGUAUUUUUUAACGAUUUUAUAGGCGCUCAUCAACGAAGAAAGAGCCGCUUACGCGAAUUAUGAUGAGGAAGACGAGCCGAAUACGGAUCUCCGAUGUCUUAUCAGUGACGAAGAUUAUUUGGAGCUUGAAUCCGAUCAGCAAAUUGUCAAACUUGCAGUUACUCAACAUUAAUCGUUUCUUUUUUCAAGACAAAAAUUCAGGGAAAUAUAAAAAUGGACGACUGCGCUACGGGUUGCUGUGUCGGGCUUUUUCGGCCAUCGAGUACGUUUCAAUGAUAUUUUUUUAAUACGAAUCAUAAAAAAACAAUAAUGAUUUUUUUAUAAACUUUUUUUCUGUGUGACUCGAGAAACUUUUAUUGGAGUAUUGAUGAAUAAUGAGAUCAUGAAUACCCGUUUACAAAAACUUCAAAAAAAAUGUGUUUUUGUGUAUUUAACUAGAAAGAAACUUCACAAUAAAGGUCCUUAGUUAACUGAAGCUUUAAUGGCGGACGAAAUCGUAGUUGAAAAGCUGAAAAAUUAGAGAAUUCGUUCUGAGAGCAUUAUAUUUAAGGUUUAUCGAAGAGAUUAGUAGAGUUCCGGUUUCUUAAAAGCUGAUAAAGUAUUUUGAGCUUCCCUUGGUUGUGCGGCCUAUCUUAAAAGGGAGAUAGUUUCACUUUGCGGUUGGAAAUUACCUGAAGAUUGGCCAGAACACUUUUAGAUGUAACAUAUGAAGAUCCCGAAAGAGUCAACCGGCACAACUUCCUAUUUUCCUAGGAAAGACAUCUCAAAGUAUAAGAAUACCCACGAAACCAGUUGAAAUAGGUUAUUUUGAGAAUUUGAGCUCUCUUUUCUCGGAAACUUGAAAGUUUUGCAGUUUCAGACUUUCAGGGUCUACUUUUUUUUUUUUUUUUAGUAAAUUCAGAAGUAUUCUGGCGAACUUUCAUCAAAGAGCCUUUUUAGAUUAUUAUAAACGAUUUGUUUUUAACAUCUUGUAGAUAUGUCGCAAAGCUGUGAGUAAGUCUAAAUGCUUGUUCAGGAGUUUUAGAGAAUCCUGAAAGCCAACAUUUCACUCAAAUCAAAAUAUAAUAACCAGUUAAUUUGCGUGAUUCAGGAAGAAGGCGACGUCUUCACGGUGAAGCAAGUGGUGUGGCCGAUGCAAGCGCCUCAACCCGCUCUGUCCGCAAAUCGCCCUUCCGUCAACGUCGCCUUCACCAGCGGCCUCGAGCUGACUGGAAUCAUCAACGAUGACGUCAGUGAAAUGAACUCGGUUAUCAUCUCCCUUUAUUGUCAGAUCAAGACGAUUUCGUCGUUCCAAAUGCUCUCGGAUUGGCUGAAAAACGACGCCGACAUGGUGAACGGCAACGAACGGCUGCAGAACGAAGUCGACCGACUCGUCGUCUUGGGACAGUCGAUCGAGUGUCGUCAGGUCAUUUUGAAAAUAUUAAAGUUUUCGCACUGUUGUCAGAACUCUUUCAAUUUUCUUUUCCUUCAAAAACUUGAAAUUUGAAGGCUCAUGAUGUCUAUUCGGUGGUCAAGAUGCUGACUCUGACGAAAUCCGAGAAGAAGACGUCGUUCCAAGCUCUGAGCGCCCUGGAUCGCCUUUUCUGCGGGCUGGCGGAGAAGGUCCAGGUCGACGUCGCCUCCGGAUUGGGCGACCCUUGUCCCAGUCUCUACCCGCAGCAGCCUAUUCAUAGGUAUAGUCUGUUCACAAAGGACUACUUGUGCUCAAAAAAAAAUGGAGAGUUUCUCGAGGUUUAUACGUGGUAAUUUAGUUUGAAAGUUUACAAUUUUAUCAAGACUUCAGAAGACUCUCUGCUGAAUGAUGGAUUAAAUGAAGAGUUGAUCGUCGAAAUCUCUUUUUUUUUUUGGAUGGUAAAGUUAGGAAGUUGAGCGUUCAGACAAUCAGCUGUUGGCUGAAAUGUACUUAAGAAACUUCUAAUAUCAGAUAAUACAACAUUUUUGUAACAGAUUUUUUUUUCGAGGGAUGAGAAAAAAUGAAGAAAAAAAGCGUUACCUAGUGAUUUUUGAACUGUCAUAACUUGAAAAAUGAUCCUAUUAGGAGAAUUUUUUUUAGAACGAAUUAUAAAGGCCAAACAAUAAAAUUCGGGCAAAUUUCAUAAAGCUCAGUUUUCCUAUUCAGAGCAACUUUGCCUCGGACAGCUCAUACGGCCAAAAAAGUCAAUCUAGUGACCAAUCCUUACGAGUUCGAGUUAGGUGGCGUACGUUUCCUCUGUACCUCAGGUGACUUCUAUUCUUUUAUUUUUUUCAAGGUUAUUGUUUUCAGGUGAAAAUGUCAGCGAUUUGCUGAGAAUGUCACUUGAAUGGACCGGCUGUGACGUUCUGGAGAACAUUUUGAAGUGGCAACACAUCGCUCCAACCUGUCCAGACACUUUGGAUGGAUUCCCCAUGACUCAUAGGUUCAUUCUUUGUCCAAGAAUUUUUAAAUUGAAAAAUUGUACGCCUUGAAAAAUAGUGGCACAUACAUAAAAGUUGUAGAAAUCUCUUUUCUUAAAAAAAAACCAUUUUCCGUUUUUCGUCUUUCUGCAAAAAGACCGUUUACCAUUUCCACCAAGUUUUCCCAAACUUCAAGAUCUUCGUUUUUUUUUCCAGUCUUUUUUGCAGUACCGUGGAGCAGCCAAAAGCUGUGUCUACGGUAGUCUUUUCUCUGCUGUUCUUUUGUAACCCACGAGACGUCUUUUGUUACAAAACUCUGAACAAACUUCGAAAAAAAACUUCUCAGACUUUGCAAUAAGUUGAAUUCAGAGAUGCGCUGUUCAUGGAGUCGACACCGCACGUGCUGAUCUGCGGCAAUCAGCCACGAGCCGAGAGUCGCUGGGUGGACCUCGGGGAAGGCCGCCGUUGCCUCUGCAUCUGUCUUCCGAAGUUCUCGCAGAGCCGCAUGGUCUGCACUUUGGACCUCUCCAAGCUCGAAGUCAACUGGCACAUGUUCGAGCACGACUUCUAA